AUGCGCGCUGCAAUGCAAUGGUUUGCAGCAUCAGCAUUUGGCGAAUCUGAUUACAACCAAGGCUGCCAAUUGCGUAUUCGGGCUUAUUAUAAUCGUACGAAAGGAAGAAUAGGAAAUUUAGCAGCUUCUCGGCAAGAAUCAGCUAAUAUUACAGCUGUCGUAGGCUGGAAGUUAAAAAAAAUCCUUUCAACCUAUUUAUAUCGGACAUUUUGUUUGCGAAUUGUAGAAGUUGUUUUCACUGAUUUACUUUAUAGUUCAUUUGCUGAAAUGAUUCCAGUCACUCUUUUUAAGAUGCCGUUUCUUGUCGGCUUCAUUGCUAUGAUUUCUUUGUCUGAUGCUGCGAACCCCUACUCAGAUUACCCCGAGGUCCCGCAAACGGCUAGUAUUAAUGGCUUUGCUGACCCCAUCUAUGCCAAGCUACCGACAUGUGCUCAACCUUGUGUUGAAGAAGAUACUGAUAUCACUCCUUGUCCUUACUGGGAUACUGGUUGCCUUUGUGUCAUGUCCAACUGGGAUGCGUUGGUUGCAUCAUGUAUUGCGGACAGUUGUAAAGGAUCUGACGUCGUUACAGCCACAAGUUUAGCAAAAUCUAUAUGUUCAAGUGCUGGUCUAGGAGACCCUUACUGGUAUAUUCCUGCUUCAUUAUCUACUGUAUUGGAUGCUGCGGCUGCUGCUACGGCAACUGCUACAUCGGAGUUCACAAGUACGAAUGCUGCUUCCAGUUCUGGAGCCACCAAUGCAGCAGUUGUAUCAAGUGCAGCUAUCGCAACUGAUGAAGCUACUACGACUGAUGAAGUUAUUACUACUGAUGAAGCUAUUACUACCGAUGAAGCUAUUACUACCAAUGAAGCUAUUACUACGAAUGAAGCUAUUACUACCGAUGAAACAUCCCUUAACACGGAUACAGGAUCACACACUUUUGAUGAAAGUUCUUUCACCACUGUUGAAGCUUCUACAAGUGAAGAAGCACUUUUCACUGCUAGUGAUGCACAUUCUUCGGCCAGUGAAACAUCUUUUACCUCUGGUGAGAUACUGGCCCUAAGCGAAAAGACGGCUUCUUUCAGCGAAGAUCCUUCGACAGUAAAGUCUAAAGCAAUUUCAUCUUCAGGACCGCAGUUUGGAUUGAAUAUGCUGACAGUUGAUACUUUAUCUACUACUACUGUUUCAACAUCCUCGUGCGAUGAGAAUAGAUGCUCCAUACCUCUGGUCAUUACUGGGGAGAGUGAAAUCACUAAUGACUACACAAGGCAUUCCACUGAUAAUCUUCUCAGCUCCUCUAAUAUUCAGGUUUCAUCACAUGAACUUUUUAAAACCAAACUUUCAGGGGAUUCUGGUACGAGAACCGCUGAUUCAACAUCUACUGUCACCAUCACUUCAUGUAGUGAUAAUGUUUGCGUGGAGUCCGUGCAUAUUACUGGUGUUAGGACGGUAACGGAAGAUCAUACGACAUACGUGACAUAUUGUCCACUUAGUUCAUCUGCAGUUAUUCCUUCGUCCAGAGAGACUAAACCGAUUGAAUAUAAGACGAGCUCAGGAAAGAUGAGUGAGUCGCCAUAUCCUUCCAUCUCUCAAUCCUUGGAUAACGGAGCUACUUCUGCUCUCUCUAUUGAGACUUAUUCAGAAAAUUUUGCAGGUCGCUCUUACACUUCCUUUUAUACAAUUUUAGUAUUCUUUUCCUCUUUGUUCUUAUAA